AUGGUGACAACUUCUUCAUAUUCCAACGUCAACGUAGGACCAGAAGUGUUCAUCAACUUCCGAGGAGAAGAGCUGCGAGAGAAUUUCGUCUCCCAUCUCUAUAAGGCAUUGCGCCAGAGUGGGAUCAAUGCUUUCAUAGACUCUGAUAUGGUUCCGGGCGAUAAACUCAUAACCCUUUUCAAAACAAUCGAGGAGUCCAAGAUAGCGUUGGCGAUUUUAUCGAGCAAGUACACGGCGUCACAAUGGUGUCUGGAGGAGCUGGUGAAGAUAAUGGAAUGUAGCACAAAUGGGGAAGGAUGCAAAAAUCUAGUGGUCAUUCCAAUCUUCUACAAGCUGUCUACAUCUAUCGUCGAUAAGCUUGAAGGUGAAUUUGGUGUUAACCUAUUGAAUGUGUGGAGGGAACCAGGUGGUGCACGAGAGAGCCGGAUUGUGAAGUGGAAUGCGGCUUUGCAGGAUAUGCUGAGCAGAGCGGCUUUGAUAUAUGACGGAAGCAUGUACGAGAAUGCUUUCGUGGCUAGGAUCGUUGAGAAGGUAAAUGAUGCCCGAUCCCUAAUUUGGUCGCAAAGUCAAGCAAACCCUAACUUACAAAAGAGAGGAGUAGAAGAAAUCCCUAACCCUCCAAAAUUCUAUAACAUAGCAUUAAGCAGUGCUGAACCAGGAGAACAACGCCUGAAACAGUUGGAGGAGAAGUUGCAUAUGGACUCAUUGGACUGCAAUGAAGACGAAACUCGUGUUCUUGGAAUUUUCGGGAUGGCUGGUAUCGGCAAAACCUAUCUCGCGAAGAAACUCUUCUUCAAGCUUGAGACGAAGCUUUGCCGUGCCUUGAUUAUUGAGUUCGACUGCGAUAACUCGAAUCAAUUGGAGAAGAGACUCGUGGAAGGUUUAUUGAAGAAAGAUUAUCCCAGUUUAAUAUUCGCUGGUGAGAAUUCACUUGAAGACUGGAAGAAUCUUCUAAUCGAGAAGAAAGUCGUGGUUGUAUUCGAUAACGUUAGUGACAAGAAACAUUUGGAGCCGCUAAUGGGGAACUGUGACUGGAUUAAGAAGGGGAGCAGGAUCGUUAUCACGACACGGGACAAGUCAUUGACCGAGGGAUUAACUGUAUCUGAUCUCUACGAGGUUCCUGGACUGAAUGAGAGAGAGGGUUUAGAGCUCUUCAAGGCUCAAAUCGGCACUACUCUUGAGGGGAACUACCUGGAGCUGUCGAGAAAGUAUGUAGAUUAUACAGGAGGCAACCCAUUAGCUCUUGAGGCAUUCGGUGAGGAGAUUCGUGGGAAAGACGAGGAUCACUGGGAAGCAAGACUUAGAACACUCUCAAAAGUUUCCAGUGAGAAGAUUGGGAAGGUGUUGAGAACCUGUUUCGAUGGACUAAACCAGAAGCAGAAAGAUGCGUUUCUUGAUAUAGCCAUUUUCUUUAGAUCAAAAGAUGAUGACUACAUCAAAAGCUUACUUGAAUCUUUUGACCCUGACACAUCAAAAGCUGGGAAUAAUUUUAGAGAGCUUUUAGACAAGUUCUUGAUUGGCGUAUCGGAUGGCCGAGUAGAGAUGAAUAAUCUACUAUUGACAAUGGCUAUGGAGCUCGUUGAAGCAAGUGGAGGAAAAUAUUUGUUACUUCCAUCAGAUUCUGCAGGAUCUAAUACUGAUGCCCUGAAAAACAAGGAGGUAAGUUUGAGACAACAGGGAAAAGACAAGGUUAGAGGUAUUAUCUUAGACAUGUCUAAUAUGGAGGAGAAGCCCUUAGACAACCAAGCUUUUGUAAGUAUGAGUAGUCUACUCUACCUGAAAGUCUACUACUCCCUCUGUCCUACGCACUCUAAAGCGGGGUGCAAGUUGAACUUACCAGACGGAAUUUACUUCCCAAAAGAUAACAUCCUCAGAUGUCUUGACUGGAUGAGAUUCCCCGGGAAAGAACUUCCAUCAGACUUUGAGCCAAUGAAUCUUAUCGAUCUUAGGUUGCCUUACAGCAAGAUUAAGUGUGUGUGGGACUGUGCUAAGGUAGCACCGAAACUGAAGUGGGUCGAUCUAAGUCACUCCAGUGAGUUAACUUCCAUUUCAAGUCUAUCAGAUGUGCCAAAUCUUUUAAGAUUAAACCUGGAAGGCUGCACGAGUUUGAAGGAGUUACCUGAGGAGAUGAAAAAGAUGAAGAAACUUGUUUUCCUGAACCUAAGAGGAUGCACAAGUCUCUUGUCUCUGCCAAAGAUCACUCUGGAUUCCCUGAAGACUCUCAUUCUCAGUGGCUGCUCAAAGUUCCUGACAUUCCAAGUGAUUUCAGAAAGUCUAGAAACUCUGUACUUAAACGGCACUGCAAUAGAUGGACUUCCUCCAGCCAUUUGUAAUCUCCACAGACUCAACUUCUUGAAUUUGAAAGACUGUGUAAAUCUGGCUACUCUUCCUGAUUGUCUUGGGAAGCUGAAAUCUCUUCAAGAACUAAAACUCUCUCGUUGCUCAAAGCUUGAGGUCUUCCCCGAUGUUAAGGAGAUCAUGGAAAGCUUGCGGGUAUUACUGCUUGAUGGAACAUCAAUAACGGAGAUGCCAAGUAGUGUUAUCUACUUAUCCUCCCUGCGGCGUCUAUGCUUAAGCAGGAAUGACAAAAUAAGCAGCCUAAAAUUUGACAUGGGUCACAUGUACCAUCUGAAGUGGCUCGAGUUGAAGUAUUGUACUAAUCUCACAUCUCUUCCGAGACUUCCACCUAAUCUUCAGUGCUUAAAUGCACAUGGCUGCACUUCGCUAAGGACAGUCGCCAGUCCCCUAGACCUUCUGAUGUCGACCGAGCAGAUUCAUUACACCUUCAUUUUCACUAAUUGUCAUGAAAUGGAACAAGGCUCAAAGAAUGAUAUCAUAUCUUAUAUCCAAAAGAAAAGCGAGUUGAUGUCAGAUGAUCGAUAUAAUCAGGAUUUUGUUUUCAAAGCCUUGAUCAGUACUUGCUUUCCUGGAUGUGACAUACCCGCAUGGUUCAACCACCAAGCAUUGGGAUCAAUCUUAAAGAUGGAGCUUCCUAAAGAUUGUAAUACAGGCAGAUUUGUCGGGGUAGCUCUAUCUGUUGUAGUCUCGUUUAAGGAGUACAAACAACAAAACAACAGUACUCUCCAAGUGAAAUGCACUUGUGAGUUCACUAACGCAUCCUUGAGCCCGGAAAGUUUCAUAGUUGGCGGUUGGUCGGAACCAGGGGAGGAGCCACAUAUGGUUGAGUCGGACCAUGUAUUCAUUGGCUACACCACAUGGUUCAAUAUCAAGAAACGUCAACAGCUUUCAUCAGCUAAUGAAAUUUUCCUUAGAUUUGAAGUGACAAAUGGUACAAGUGCGGUUGCAGAGUGCGAGGUGAUGAAGUCUGGCUUCUCUUUGGUUUAUGAGGUUGAAGUAGCUGAGCAUACAUCUUGGGAGGCAACUUCAAAGUUGGAGAAAAGAAUCUCUUAUAAAGAAGAUGGUUACCCAAGCGCUACUCCAACCAAAGCUGACUCUAAAAGGUUUGAUAGUAUCUUAAACAUAUUUAGAAAAGCACAAUGA